GAGAGGUCACAAUUGAAACAAAGCUAAUCCAUUCCUCUACUCAUCUCAUUGUAGUGAAACAGAAUCACAUACGGGAGAGAAUGGGAACAGCCCUUCUCUCAGUCCAAGCACCUCAUCACAUCCCUCUCUCUCAAUUCCAUUACACCAACACUACCAAGUCAUGGAGGAGCUUCUCUCAGACCUACCCAUUAGAACCCAAGUCUACCAUCCUUCUCUGCUCAACCUCUUCAGCUUCAGUUGUAGAAGACACUGCUUCUCCUCCACCUGAUGAUUCACUUGCUGCCAAAUCAGAAUCCCCCAUCAAAGAGCUUCCCCUCAGUGCUUGCAAGUCCUGUGGAAGAGAAGAAGUGGAGAAGGGAUGCAAUGGUGAAGGAAGGAUUCAAGGUGGAAUUGCAACAUUUCCAGGAUUUGGUUGGUGGCCCAUAAAGGCUUACAGGCCAUGCCCUGGAUUUUUGGAAUCAGGCGGCCGGUAUAAGCGACAAGGACAAAGCCUGGAUGAGGUUGCCUUUGGAAGAGGUGGGAAAGGAGAAAACUAGCAUUGAGGUCCAACCCAAGCAAGAAGAAGGAAGGAUCUAAGGAAAUUAAAGGAUGUAAAAGAUGCAGAGCCAGUGCCCCAAUUGGAGGGUUGUGUAUGCAAAAUCAUGUGGUAUGCCGUAUGCAUCACAGGACUUUCUCUUGAAAGAUAUAUGUUUUUUCAAAAUACCUAUUUGUUCCAUUAAUGAAUGUACCAUUUAGAGAACUAACCUCAUAUAUGUGUGCGCGGGCGCAUACAUAUACAUUUAUGCAUUACUUUCGUAGAUAUUGGUUUCCAAUACACAAUUGUAUUUAAGUUUUUUCAGUGUACCAAUUUUUUGGCAAAACAAUUAAAGAAUGUUUUUCUCAUUUAGGCCAUUUUAAA